CGCGCCACUGCCAGGGCGCACUCGCUGCUUUCUCUAAACACCCUUCUCUCCACUCUUCUUCUCUACCCCCUCCCUAUUUCUCCCCCUCCUUUUCCUUUUGUGUUGGAGUUCUUGCUAGAACUACGCUAUAUUAGUUCUGCCGUUCUUCCUUUUUCACCCCGCUUUUGAAGCCAGCUGGAAAAACUCCUAUUGACGUUUCUAGCGAGGGGGGGAACGAAGCUUUUUCUUUUUUCUUUUUUCUUUUUCUUUUCUUUUUCUUUUUUUCCCUCCUUUUUUCCUUUUUGUUUUUAGUUAAGAGUUUGAAAUAGAUCUCUGUUUACUUUGUGGGGCAAUGAGCAGGGAGAGAGCAAGGCAAGGAGUUUUGGGGACAGGAUAUUUUUGGAAGGGAGGAGGGGCUCUGCUUCCCCCUCCCCAUCCAUGUACCUCUGGGGAAAGAAGCCGGCCAGGAGCCGGCCCGGCGAGCAGCGCACCCGGGGCUGCCGACCUGCUAAACCCUCCCGUCUGUCCCUACAGGUGCUGCCCUGGCGCUUCCCCGGACCUGCCUCCGCUACCCGCCUGGUGACAGAGGGACACGCUGAUUCAGGGGUCCUCUCCCACGUCUCAGAGGGCGCGCUCCAGUCACUCGGCGGUUUUCUUUCUGAGAAAAGCCACCUCAAAUCUCUUAAAACCCACCAGGCAUCGUCAAAAGCGACCCUCCGAGCAGCACUCCCCGCCCCCACCGAGCGCCGCUCGCUCCCGGCCUGGGGUGGGUGAGAGGGGAGGCCCAGGGCCAUGGAGGUGGCCACGGAUCAGCCUCGCUGGAUGGCCCACCACGCCGUGCUCAAUGGGCAGCACCCCGACAGCCACCACCCCGGGCUGCCUCACAACUACAUGGAACCAGCGCAGCUCCUACCUCCGGAUGAAGUCGACGUCUUCUUCAACCACCUGGACUCCCAGGGCAACCCUUACUACGCCAAUUCCGCCCAUGCCCGGGCCAGGGUGUCCUACAGCCAGGCACACGCCCGCCUGACCGGGAGUCAAAUGUGCCGGCCUCAUCUUAUCCACAGCCCCGGGAUCCCUUGGCUGGACAGCAGCAAGGCGGCACUGUCUGCCCAUCACCACAACCCCUGGACCGUCAGCCCCUUCACCAAGACACCCCUGCACCCCUCGGCGGCCGGAGCGCCCGGGGCCAUCUCGGUGUACCCGGGCAGCAGCACCUCCAGCACCGCCUCCGUGUCUUCGCUCACCCCGGCCUCGCAUUCCGGCUCCCACCUCUUCGGCUUCCCCCCGACCCCUCCUAAGGAAGUGUCCCCAGACCCCAACUCCACCAGCGCCGCCUCCCCUUCUUCCUCCGCCGGGGCUCGGCAGGAGGACAAAGACAGCAUCAAGUACCAAGUGUCGCUGUCGGAGGGGAUGAAGAUGGAGAGCGCCAGCCCGCUCAGAAGCAGCCUCACCAGCAUGGGGGCUCAGCCCUCUACCCACCACCCCAUCCCCACAUACCCCUCCUACGUGCCGGCAGCCCACGACUACAGCAGCAGCCUCUUCCACCCGGGCAGCUUUCUGGGGGGCCCCGCGUCCAGCUUCACCCCCAAGCCGCGGAGCAAGGCCAGGUCCUGUUCGGAGGGCAGAGAGUGUGUGAACUGUGGAGCCACUGCUACCCCUCUCUGGAGAAGAGACGGCACCGGGCAUUACCUGUGCAACGCCUGCGGGCUCUACCACAAAAUGAACGGUCAAAACCGACCUCUCAUUAAACCUAAGCGAAGGCUGUCAGCGGCCAGGAGAGCAGGGACUUGUUGUGCCAACUGUCAGACAACCACCACGACCUUAUGGCGACGUAAUGCAAACGGGGACCCAGUUUGUAAUGCCUGCGGACUCUACUAUAAAUUGCACAAUGUGAACAGGCCUCUGACCAUGAAAAAGGAAGGAAUUCAGACCAGGAAUAGGAAAAUGUCCAACAAAUCAAAGAAAAGCAAGAAAGGCUCUGAGUGUUUUGAGGAACUGUCCAAGUGCAUGCAGGAGAAGUCGUCUCCCUUCAGCGCUGCUGCCCUUGCCAGUCACAUGGCACCCAUGGGGCAUUUGCCCCCUUUCAGCCACUCUGGACACAUCCUACCAACACCUACCCCCAUCCACCCAUCUUCCAGCAUCUCAUUUGGACACCCACACCCAUCCAGCAUGGUUACAGCCAUGGGAUAAAACCUGAUGACCAAGAGACCCAUCCAGAUAUUAAGAACAUGGGACUUUGCCUAAGAUGACACCAAGUAAGACAAUGUUCUGCCAAGAGGAGAAUGUAGGGAUGGCAAAAGGAGACCUUUGCUCCCAUGUGGUUUAACUCUUAAUGCUGGACUAAAACCUUGCAAAUGAUGGGUCUUCUGCAGAAAUGUGUAGUGGUGCCUGUAAUGCACUUUGCCCCCUCAGGUAUAAGAAAAAAGAACUCACUUGUUCGAUACUUAAUGGUCCAGCAGGAAGCAAAAGAUGGCAGAAGCUGAAGGAGAAGGCUUGGAACUGGCUUUCCUUUCUCUCUUUGAUAUUACUGUGAAUAUUGUAAAGAGAUAUAAGCAGCCUCCCAGGAUGGAAUUGGCUCACUGGAGCCAGACAUGCUGGAUUUCUAUUGCGGACUUUGGGACAGGGAAAAAAAGAAGAAAAAAAGCCAAAAAAAAAAGAAAAGGGGAAAAAAAAAAAAGGCGUCUUUAUUAAACCGUAAUUUUAAAAAUCAGACAGAAAGUCAUAUUUAUUUUGUUUUCCACAAAAAGCCUCAACCCCUCUGAUUGCAUGUUUUUGUGCUGUCAUUUGCAAUGGCUACCCUAAAAGAAAAGCUGCCUUCAAAACAAGGAGAGGGGAAUUGUACUCAACAGCCCUCUUGGAUUAGCUCCAUCUAUCCUCCAUACCAAAGUUACUAGGAAGGGGGAAAAGAUUACAAAGGUGAGGAACAAAGCAAAAAUGUAGCUGUAAUACGGGAUUUUAAUAAGCCCAAGAUGGUGAUUAUUUUGACACAACCUUCAUUCUUCUCCCUAGCAUGAAAGAUUUAUUUGAAAAAAGAGCCCCUCUCCCAACUACCCUAUUGUUCCUCAAACCAGACAACCUAGAUCAGACAAACUGUUGGGAAGAAACUGAGGAAGGCAAUCCUGCACUAGUAAGGGGUGAUAGCUGCAACACAAUUUUGGUAAAUGCCUGUGUAAGUUCUAGCACAGCCAAAACUAUAAUGGGGCACAAAAACCAUCCUGCUUGCAGACUUUAGAGGUUGAAGCAUUUUGUUCUGUUGUGUUGGCAGCUGUCGCUUAAAAAUGCAGAUUAGCUGCUUGGGUAAACUUUGGGCAGUGUGGCCACCACAUCCACAUGCAGCCAGCGCGUGCUGUCUCAGGCAUCCAGGCCCCGGUGGACUUCACAGGGAGGAAGGGCAGAAAUGAGGCUGAGAUCACUGGAGAGGGGAAAAAGAGAGACAAUCAGUUUGAGCUUCACACAUCCGUCAAAUCCCAGACACAGAGACAGCUGAGGGAAAGCAUCGUUCUAAGGGGAACGUCUGUUUUCCGUAGCGGAUUUUAUAUGAAAAAAAGAAAAGAACAAAAAAAUCAAUUUAAAUCUCCCAUUAUUAAAGCAUAUUGUACGUAAAUGACCGAAAACAAAGCUAUUGCCAAUGUGAAGUGUAUUCUAUUGAUUGUUAUGAUCUGAUGCCUCUCGUGAACACAAGCUCCAGUAUAACAUACAGUGUACAUAUUUAGGUAUACUUCUGAUGAAAAUGCCCCAAUGAACAGAGGGGUUUGAUAAUGUAAACAACGUAAGCUUAACUCUGUGACAAGCUUUUUAUUUUAUUUUUUUAAAUUUUAACUACUUUGUUGUUGGGAUUUUCCUUUUUUUUUUUUUUUUUUUUUUUUUGGAUCAAGCCAAAUUGUAUCUUUACUGCAAAAGUCCUGCUUUAAAAAAAAAAACAACAGAAUGAAAUAAAAAAAAUGGAUGUAUGUAAAUUUUUUUAAAAACCUGUAAUUCUAGUAUUUUAUAAUUAAGAACCAAGCAGCCAUGAAAAUCCUGCUUUCCUCCUUUUUCUUUGGUCUGCGUAGGCAUAUAGGUGCACUUUGUAAAGAAGUGGAAAGAAAUGGGAAACCAAAUUGGUUGGGAGAAAUCAUAAGAAUUUUUAAUCUACUGAAGUAAAAAAUUAGGUCCUUUUUACUUUUUACCUUUUACAAUGGUACAGUUGUAUAUUAUUUGUACCCAACUCAAAUUUCUGUAGGAUUUGGGCAGAGGGGAAGGGAUGUGGGUUAAAGACAGGGAUUACUGAUACAGUUGACAAAGUGCAAUAUAUUGUCAGUCACUGCAGCAUAGACAACGGCAGUUGAGAUUUAAAUUAUUUUGUACUUGUAUCAGCAUAAAAAAAUUCUUCAGUAUUUUCUGUUUUUAUUUUAAUUUUUAUUUUGCUUAUUUUUGGAUUAGUGAACUAAAUUAUUGUUAAUUAUGUACAACAUGUUUAUAUAUUGUCUGUAAAAAGUGUAUGCUUUCCUCAUAUUCCUUCAAGGUGAAUAUUGCUAAGAAUAAUAAAUACCUUUUUUUGUG